CCAGCGCACAGUCCGCCGCGCGCCGCAGUCUGCACCAGACCGGCGCCGCGACGCCUCCCGCCGCCCAGGCGCCAUGGUCCGAGCGAGCGCAGCGCUCCUGGUGGCCGUGCUCGUCACCGCUGCGCUGCUGGUGGCGGCCGUCGAGGUUCAAGAGUUUGAUGAAUAUGAUUACGAACCAAGCGAAGAAAUAAGCAACGUUGGGACUUCAAAUCCAACUCCGUCGAAAUAUACUUCAGAGCGAACACAUACUUCAACAGUCGUUACUUCUGAUGACACCACUAGAUCCACAGCUAAUUCUGAGACCGAUGCCUACGUAACAGUUGACAAAACUCUCGCCACCAGAGACGGAAACCGAAGCUCGCAAUCAGAAUUUGAUCAGAACUCUUCUUCACCGAUCACUUCUUCCACAGAAAUUGCAACGGAAACAAAUAUUUACGCCAUUUCAUCGCAAUCAGCUACACCUCCCCGAUCAAGUAACGCUACUGUAGUGUAUUUCGAAGAAUCUCCCAGAUCUGUAGAAACCUCGCCAACCGCUGGAGUCACAGCAUCAUCGGGAGAUCGCCACGAGACAACCGAGACCCGGUGGUCCUCGACGACGGAGCUGUUCGCCGCCGACUGCUCGCUGGACGAGCUGCUGUGCCCGUCGCGCGGCUGCCGGGAGCUGAGCGGGCGGGUGCUCAGCCUCAUGGACCACGGCACGAGCCCGUGCGCAGACUUCCACCGGCACGCGUGCGGCGGGCUGGGGAUCCACCCCGAGCUGCUGGAGCGGCGUGCCGGCGGCGAGGUCGACAGGAGGCUGAGAGAACAAAUCCUGUCCAUAAAAGGAAGUGACAACACACCCCACGGACAGCUGAAAAAGUUUUACGACAGCUGCUUGGAAUAUAAGGUGCUUCAAGAUAGAACUGAAAGAAUCCGUGAAGUUCUCGCUGAGGUGAAGACGGCAGGGCGGUUCAUGGCCUCGGAGGUCGGGGAGUCGAAGCCCCCAGACCUCACCGACCUGCUCCUUCACCUCUUCAGGCUCGACAGCUCACCAUUGUUCGACAUCUUGCUCGAUAAACAUGAGACUAAUUCUUCAAAAUUCGUCCUGAAGCUAAUACCGCCAACGAAGAAAAUACUACUGAUUGAUAAAAAGGGGACUGCUGGGGAAAUAACAUCUUUUGAGAAGGUGUUGCUAUCCCUGCCAGACAUUUAUGGGCCAAAUUCCUCGAGUAUCAUCAACGAGACUUUGAAGACACUCCGAGAAGACAUUAUGGAAGUCAUUGAAAAGUACACACCUUUGGAAGACUAUCUUCGUUGGACCUAUGUAACGAAGAAAUACGAGGUGAUGACCGUGGAGAAUUUGCAACUUCAUUUUACCAUGGUUAACUGGGUGUCGUUGCUAUCGAAACUGUUGAAUGAGUCUGUGGACAGCGCGACAGAAGUAUACGUGUACUCCAAGUCGUACCUGGAACAUUUGUUUCAUUAUCUCUCUGAGAUCGACGCAAGAGCGCUGCAGGACUCCCUGCUGCUGCUGCUCGCCCAGGAGGUGGCGGGAGACCCGGGAGACACGGGAGACACGGGAGACCGGGGCGACCACUGCCUGGCGGCCGCCAGGGACCUGCUGCCCGACGUGGCCGCCUCCUUGUACCUGCGGUCCUUCCCGGAGGACACGGCGGCGCGCGUGCGGCGGGCACUCGACCAGGCCAGGCGGGCCCUGGGGGUCCUGGGGCGGCUGGACGGGCGCUCCCUCCCGGGCGAGCUGGGGUCACUCCGCCUGGACGCCUCGGGGGGCAGGGACGUGCUGCGCCAGGACCUCCUGCGGCGCAGGAUGCAGGGCUAUGAAAUCAGCAACAAUUACCUCACUAACACAAUGAACCUCAGAAAGAGGAAAAGGCAUCUGCUGUACACGUUAUUCAACAAGAAUGCCUCAGCAGAGGAACAGAUGUGGACAUACUUUGCCAGCCCAAUGCAGACACAGGAAUUACUACUCUACAACCAUCACACAAUUGUGGUGUCGUACGCCGCGCUGCCGACGGAGACUGUGGGCGCCAUCUUGCCGCAGUACCGCGCGGCGGAGCUGGGGUUCGCUCUGGCCAGGCUGCUGGCCCGCCACUUGGACCACACAGGACUACAUUAUGGACCCAAUGGCACAAAAGAAGACAUUGUUUCUGCUGAUAUAUAUCAGACUUAUUUGUCUGAUGCGAAACGCAGAACCCUAAAGAAGGUUUCGAAAUUGGAUAAAGGUUUUAGCAAACACAGGAGGAGUCGGUUGCUUCUGGCAAACGACUUCGCCACCGACGAAAUCGCUCUCGACGUGGCACUCAAGAUGUUCAAGAGUGACGAGAAGAACAGGAAAGAGCUUCAGCUGUUCUUCUUAGCCAUGGCUCAGACAUCCUGCCAGAAGAAACCCACGUGGGACGAGUCGGCUCCACUGAGUCUAAAUCUGCCGUUACCAUGGCCAGUCAGGGUGAAUGCAGUGUUCGCCCAGUCGCCGCAAUUCUCCGCAGCUUUCGGGUGCUCCGGUAUGGGCGCCAGUCACUACACUGGGGUAUCUCUGAUGGAAGCACCACCAGGGAACAGGACUUCCACGCCAGAGAGGAUGCUGCUGCGAUGACCAGAACAAUGCUCGGGUGCUCUGGAAUGGACGCCAGUCACGCUGACAGGAGCACCGCCUGGAGGCAGGACUUCCGCACCAGGUGGAAUGCUGCUGCGACGACUGGAAAAGCACAGACCAUCGCACUUCUCGGCAGUUGCGCGGGGCUGCUCCAACAUGGGCACCCGUCACUACAGCGGGGGCUCGCUGGUAGGAGUGCCACCUGGGGGCAGUGUUUCCUCACUAGGGAGGAUGCUGCCCUGAUGACUGGAACAGUACUGACCAUCGUGCCUCUCCGUGGAUUUCGGCUGCUCCAGCACGGGCGCUAGUGACUACAGAGAACGCCAGCUGAAGGGACUACCUUGCCAGGGAAGAUAUCGUGUCGAUGACUUGAACAGCACAACCAUGCUUCUCUGCAGUGUCCUCCAGCUGCUCCAGCAUGGGCGGCAGUCAGAGCACCACAUGGGUGCAGGACUUCCUCGCCAGGAAUGACGCUGCUGCAGUGACUGGAACAGCACUGUCCUACGUGCUGCUCUCAGCUGAUUGGUCUUCUGUGGCGGCGAUCCUCUGUCGGGCCUACUGCAUUUUCCCCAAAUUGCUCUUUCAUUGCAAAUGUUUAGUUCGUUUUAUUUCAAAAUUGGAAAUUAUUUUUUUGUUGAUUUUUGUGUCGUAUACAAAAUGAUACAUUCUCCGAUAUGUGUAUAGUAAUGGAAAUAUUCAGUUACGUGAUUAAGAUAUUUGCAUGACUUAUUUUGACAUGGCCACAUUUGAAAGCUUAUUUUCUGUGUUUCACAUCUAGGUAAUGCAUACAAACAUUUUUUUCUAUCAUCCCAUUUUAAAAUUUUAUUCACAAGUGUCUGUACUUAAUUAGCAACAAAAAACUAAUGGCAGUUGAAGUAAAACCUUAAAAAUAAAAUGUGGCCUUUUGGGCAGACCAUUUCAGAGUAAAUGCUAAAAUACAUGUUGAAGUUAAAAAAUAAAGACAUGGGACAAAGUUGACUGUUUGUACUGGCUUUCUUAUAAGAGAAAUGCUAAUAAAAAAUUUUUCAUAGCAUUAA